CCCAACAAGCAACAGCUGAGCAAUUCUGUGCCAAUGCCGACCACUGAUCGUAAGAGGCGGGAUUGUCAAGUUGAAUUGGCCUAAGAAAACGUUCCUCAAACCAUCACAGCGUGCAUAGCGAUUUACUAGCCGUUUACUACCUAGACGAACGAGAACAGAACCCGUCUCUGACCUGGCAUGCUCUGCUGUCACAUUGUCUCGUUUAUAACCUAGGCAUCCUUUGAUUCUCAGUUGUGGAGGCAGGUGUUAUUCAGAUUUGGAGUCCCAGUCCGUACUUUGAGUUGUAUGGUUGACUCAAAUCCAAAAGAAUCCCUUUUGUUUCUUAUACAUGUCAAUGGGAAAGGGAAACCUACCUAGGUAGGCUUCCAAGUUUAAUCCAGGUAACCUCUCACUUUUCCAACACCCAGUCAUUAGGUUGCUUGCUUAACACCCUUUACUCUCCCGAGAGGUGCGUUACGGAGAGUCCCCGCCAGCAUGCUUGUGUCCUGUGCCUCGAUAACUCUCGAAGUUCCCAAUAGGCAGCACCGGUCAAAGGAUUCUGCAACCUUGCUCUUCUUAAUUCUAGUGUGCUCGACACAUUGCGUUCAUUUCAAAACAGUAUUUAUUUACCAUCAGCGGCAUAAACUCCUCUUAAACGCGCGUAACCCAGUGUGUCCGUGGAAAUUUGCAGUGCCUCCAUGUGUGUAAGUGACGGAAGCCGGCUCAAGUCAUAUUAAGGUGCAUUGGGAGUUACCCUGCUGGCGGGGUGGAGGUUUUGAGGUUGUCUUCGGGCUGGUUUCCCCGCAUCCACUCUCCAAAUCUUCCAACCAAGGUAAAGACCUACCUACCACCUGGUGAGGAUUGAAAUAACUGAGUAUGGGACCGGUAGGGGGCUUGAAUGUUUUCUGGUUAACGUCAGUUUGAAGAAUUCAGCAUAUUGGUGUUGGCGUGUCGAGUUAAAUCACCAGCG